GAUUGUGUUAGUGAUCUCAGAGAGACAGACAGCACUGGAGUUCACUGCUUUCCCCCCAAGGAGAGGACAGAAGGCGCAACAGAAGAGAGAGAGAGAUCCAGGGGGUUAUUAGGGGGAGGGUAAAAAAAAUAUCUUUUUAUGUCUUUUAAAAACCAAGGCAACAGAGCACUUGGGGAGUAUGCGCUUACAAGUGAAAUCAAAUAGCAGAGACAAAGGAACCAUUUCACCAGCGUCCCUGGAGAACGGAAACAAGUGGCAGCAGAGAGAGCUCCCAGCUUGAAGAAUGUAAGAGACAGUGAGAUCCAAGUGCAAACACCGAAAUCACAAUCCUUUAAUUAGUGGGCCAUCAAAUCCACUUUGGGCAAAAGUCACUUGCAGGAAGAUUUUGUGCAACUUCAACGACAGACAAAAAGAUCAAGUACAUUUAGCCUUUUAAUUUGGACAAAUCCUCGAAAUUAGAGGAAAAUUAAUCCCACAAGAAAAAAUGGCAAUCUCUGUCCAGAACAUUACAGCCAACACUGCAGUGGUCAUAUGGCCAUCAAUUGCAGGUUGCACUGACAGCUUCUACAGCAUCAUGUACAAAUCUAACUGGAACACAAUGCUAUCAGAGUAUUCAAAGAAGAACUUCCAGAAGGAAGAGAGGAUCCCAGCUAGUCGGACGUACUUCACAAUCGAGAACCUAACACCACUCACCUCCUACAUCUUGUGUGUGACUUGCCAGUCUGCCAUUCCUUCCAGCGACCAAUGCAGGAUCUUCCACACACCAGGCCAAGAUCCAUCAUCAGUGAACAGCAAGAAAAAAGAAUUGGCUUUAGGCAUUUGGCUGACCAGCAGUAUAUUACUUCUCAUCAUCGCCUGCAUUUUGCUUUAUGGCUGUUUGCACAUAUGGUGGAGGAAACGUCAAGAGCAGAACAGAAGACAAAAUCCAGGCAAUCCAAGCACUGAACAAGACAAGAGAGAAGCCUGGACAAAAAAUGAAGCGCCAAUGGAGGAAUAUGAAAAGAUCGAACCUCCAGAGUCAUGUGAAGAAAACUUUGCAGAAGACAAGUGUACUGAAGAUGAAAGUCAGGUGGAUCCCAUCAUACAAUAUCCUUUAACUAGAGACGAAACCAACUGUGUAAAUAGCACAAAUGAUGUUCAAACCAAAGAAUCAAAUUAACGUGAAUUAAUUUUGCACCUUCCUUUAUGCAUCACUUGGCUUGUAGAAUCAAUAGUUGUUUUUGGUUUGUUGGAUUUUAUUUGUUAAUUUACAAUGCUUAUUGUAUUGUUUCCAACACAAACCCCAAGCUAAUAGUUUACAUCUGAUCAAUGUCAGAUUGUUGAUUGCAACAAAAAAAAAGACAAUUGUGUUCUUUAAGUGACAGGCCUAUAGUCAUCAUUACAAUAUCAGACAAUGCAAAGUAAAAUUAUGGCAGGUCUGAUGGCUACGGUUAUUACAAGAGAAAAUUGAUGUUCACAAAUUAACUCACUUGAACACAGGUAGGCGUUUGAAAUCAGAAGAAAAGGGAGCGGGGGGCGGAGGGGGGUACGGGAACCUGUACUGAAAACUGAAAAUUACUUGAGGCAGUGUGUCUAUCAUACAAUCACCAACCAGACAAGGUGUUUUAAAGAAUACCAACAAAACAUACGUUGUCUCCAGCAGAUAUAGAGAAGAGGCCCUAUGGUUGAAAAUUGCAUUUUCUGCAGAUGUCUAUCCCCAUAGGGUUGUGCUCAA